CAAAUUUAUCCUUAACCAAACAAUUCAAGUUCUUAACCUAAACCGCUAUAAUUUUGUAAACAAACUCCUAAAACCAACAAUGUCUGUAACAUUGCACACGGACUUGGGAAACAUAAAAAUCGAACUGUUCUGUGAGUACUGCCCCAAAACUUGCGAUAACUUCUUAGCGUUGUGCGCCAGUGACUAUUACAACGGGAGUCUGUUCCACCGGAACAUUAAAGGUUUUAUAGUGCAAACUGGUGAUCCUACGGGCACGGGAAAAGGUGGCCACUCGAUUUGGGGUAAGAAGUUCGACGACGAGUUCAAAGAGCAGCUCAAACACAACGCAAGGGGGACUGUAUCAAUGGCCAACAAUGGUCCCAACACAAACGGAAGCCAGUUUUUCAUAAGUUACGCUGCGCAACCCCAGUUAGAUUUGAAGUACACACUGUUUGGGAAAGUUAUUGAUGGAUUGGAUACUUUGGAUGAAUUAGAAAAACUGCCUGUUAAUUCAAAGAAUUAUAAACCUCUAAACGAUACAAGAAUUAAUAGUAUUACUAUCCAUGCUAAUCCAUUAGCUGGUUAAAAACUUAUUUAACCAUUACUAAUAUUAUUAAGUCAAUUAUUAAUGUAUUUUUGUAUAUAUUUUUAUAGAUCGAUUAUGUGAAACCAUAUAAUAUAACAAUAAAUAAAUAAAUAAUU